GGGCGGGGCCACGGGCGGAAGUAGGUGUGACAGGAACGGGAGCCGAGAGGGUCAGCUGGGACGAGGUACUGGGCAGUGGGAGUCGCAGAGUCGAAGCCAUGAUCCCCCCGCAGGAGGCGUCCGCCCGGCGGCGGGAGAUCGAGGACAAGCUGAAGCAGGAGGAGGAGACGCUGUCCUUCAUCCGAGACAGUCUGGAGAAGAGCGACCAGCUCACCAAGAACAUGGUGUCUAUCCUGUCGUCCUUUGAGAGUCGCCUCAUGAAGCUGGAGAAUUCCAUCAUCCCCGUGCACAAACAGACGGAGAACCUGCAGCGGCUGCAGGAGAAUGUUGAGAAGACGCUGUCCUGUCUGGACCACGUCAUUAGCUACUACCAUGUGGCCAGUGACACUGAGAGGAUCAUCAGGGAGGGCCCCACAGGGAGGCUGGAGGAGUACCUGGGAAGCAUGGCCAAGAUUCAGAAGGCUGUGGAGUAUUUCCAGGACAACAGCCCAGACAGCCCAGAGCUCAACAAAGUGAAGCUGCUGUUUGAACGGGGGAAGGAGUCACUGGAGUCUGAGUUCCGCAGCCUGAUGACCCGGCACAGCAAGGUCGUGUCGCCCGUGCUCAUCCUGGAUCUGAUCAGUGGCGAGGACGACCUGGAGGUGCCGGACGAGGUGCCCCUGGAGCACCUGCCCGAGAGCGUGCUGCAGGACGUGAUCCGCAUCGCCCGCUGGCUGGUGGAAUACGGCCGCAACCAAGAUUUCAUGAACGUCUACUACCAGAUCCGCUCGAGCCAGCUGGACCGCUCCAUCAAAGGCCUGAAGGAGCACUUCCGGAAGAGCAGUUCUUCCUCUGGGGUUCCCUACUCCCCCGCCAUCCCCAACAAGAGGAAAGACACACCCACCAAGAAGCCAGUCAAGCGGCCAGGGACGAUCCGUAAGGCUCAGAACCUUCUGAAACAGUAUUCCCAGCAUGGUCUAGAUGGGAAAAAGGGGGGCUCUAACCUCAUUCCUCUGGAAGGAAGAGACGACAUGCUGGACGUGGAGACCGACGCCUACAUCCACUGCGUCAGCGCCUUCGUCAAGCUGGCCCAGAGCGAGUACCAGCUGCUGACCGACGUCAUCCCCGAGCACCAUCAGAAAAAGACCUUCGACUCUUUGAUCCAGGAUGCCCUGGACGGGCUGAUGCUGGAAGGGGAGAACAUUGUGGCCGCCGCCCGCAAGGCCAUCAUCCGGCACGACUUCUCGGCCGUGCUCACCGUCUUCCCCAUCCUGCGGCACCUCAAGCAGACCAAGCCGGAGUUUGACCAGGUGCUCCAGGGCACGGCCGCCAGCACCAAGAACAAGCUGCCCGGCCUCAUCACCGCCAUGGAGACUGUCGGAGCCAAAGCGCUGGAGGACUUCGCCGACAACAUCAAGAACGACCCAGACAAAGAAUACAACAUGCCCAAGGAUGGCACCGUGCACGAACUCACAAGCAACGCCAUCCUCUUCCUGCAGCAGCUCCUGGACUUCCAGGAGACAGCAGGCGCCAUGCUGGCCUCCCAAGUUCUUGGGGACACAUACAAUAUUCCUUUAGACCCCCGAGAGACCAGCUCCUCAGCCACCAGCUACAACUCGGAGUUCAGCAAGCGCCUGCUGAGCACCUAUAUCUGUAAAGUGCUGGGCAACCUGCAGCUGAACUUACUGAGCAAGUCCAAGGUGUACGAGGACCCGGCCCUGAGCGCCGUCUUCCUGCACAACAACUACAACUACAUCCUCAAGGCCCUGGAGAAGUCUGAGCUGAUCCAGCUGGUGGCCGUGACCCAGAAGACUGCCGAGCGCUCCUACCGGGAGCACAUCGAACAGCAGAUCCAGACCUACCAGCGCAGCUGGUUAAAGGUGACUGACUACCUCACUGAGAAGAAUCUACCUGUGUUCCAACCCGGAGUCAAGCUGCGGGACAAGGAGCGGCAGGUGAUCAAGGAGCGUUUUAAGGGCUUCAACGAUGGCCUUGAAGAACUGUGCAAGAUCCAGAAGGCCUGGGCCAUUCCCGACACAGAGCAGAGAGACAAGAUCCGCCAAGCCCAGAAAAACAUCGUGAAGGAGACCUACGGGGCCUUUCUGCACAGGUACGGCAGCGUGCCCUUCACCAAGAACCCCGAGAAGUACAUCAAGUACCGCGUGGAGCAGGUGGGCGACAUGAUCGAUCGCCUGUUUGACACCUCCGCCUGAGCGGCCGCCGCCCCACCUGGCUCUGCCAGACCAGCCAUGUUACCGGACAGAUAAACCCGUGUUAACCAGCCUCGGGCCCCGGGAGCGUGGCAUCCUUUGAGACAGUCGUCUUUCUCCGUCACGUCGAGUCCUGGUCUGCGCUUCCUCUCAAAGCCCCCGUCCCCCGCCCAGCCCGUGCGCCCCCAGAACCCGGGGUGGGGGGUCCUCCUCCGUGCCUGGGUUUUGUGACCCUGACCGCAGCCUGUAGGGGCCACAUGAUGACUUCAAGACCAGAAGGGCAGAGAAGGAGGACAGGGGUCUGGGCCCACACUGCCUUGGGUGUACAGGAGCAGGAGGGCAGGGCAGCCGACCUCUGCCCCUUUGGCCCAGGCAUGUGGAGAAAAAGCCCCCACAACUGAGCUGCCAGAUCCAGUGCAGGGAACGCAUCCCCUGUCCUCACGGUCCUGCAGUCUGGGGGCGUCCUGCUCCCGAAACUCCCCCCCCACCCCCAGUGACCAGAGCAGGAAUGCCCUCUCCCCAGCCCUCAGAGCCAGCACCCCACAGGGGUGCACAGGAGUCCCAACCACCCUGUGCGGCCACUUAGGCACCUGUCACCCAGUCCCCAGUGCUCUGGCCCAUGGCCAAGCAGCAGUGGCUGCAGAAGGAGCAGCUAGGCUGCCUUUGGGGCGGGUGACCAGCGGACGGGGGUGAACCCUUCAGGAGCAGAGUGGGAAUCGGGGGCGUGAGACGGAGCCCCACUUAUGUUGACAAGUGUGAGCAGCUGAGCUCCGUGAACACAGACCCUUGAGAUGCCCUUGCACUUGGGUGAUGGGUUUAUUCCACACUCUGCCCGCUCGCACUAACAGAAGGGAGAGCUCGGGGUGGCUGGAGUCCUCGAGGCUUAGGGAAGAGGGUCGACCUCCCUCCGCCUCUCUCCGGAGACCCUGUCACAGCCCUCCCCGCCAGACCUGCCCCCGCCCCCAGGCCUGCAGCCCCUCCUCGUUACAGCCUGGGCUUCCCGCCAUGGGGCGCGCCCUCCCCGGGGGCUGGGUCAGACUUGCAUGUCCCCCACUUCCAGAGUGCAAGGAAGAUGAACUGGCUACACAGCAUCCCCGCCACAUACACCAGGAAGAACGUGUGGUCAGCAGCCUCGACCCAGCUCUUUGCUGGCCCCUUGACUCCUCUGGGGGCUGCUGCGGGGAGAGGCAGGGAAAGCAGGUGUACCCAGGGCUCAGCCAGCCUGCACGCUCCAGCACAUGCUCACUGGUUGUUAGAGUCACAACUAAUGAACAUUUGGGCCUGGCCCAUUCUAGGUCCCCCUGUGAUGUAGACAUGCCCGCGGGAAGAGGCUCUCAGGCAGAGGGUUAGCCCAGGCAGUCUGAAAUCACGCCCCGGCCUUUAGGGAGGCGAACCCUGCUCCCUGAUCCAGAUCUGCUGCUGCCAAGGGCCGCCGUGGUGGAGCCCAGGGCCAGUGGGCCAGCAGAAUAUGGGUGGAAACCUCUAAGCCUGGUGGCCCCAAGCCCAAGUGUGCCGCCUGCCAGCUCUGCCCCAAGGCCUUGUUCCUCAGCAGCCCCCCAGGAAGGCCCCCAGGCCCUGCCCACCUUCAGGAUUAGCCCCUGGCUGCCCGUGGGCUUGCUGCGCCCCUCUCGGAGCUGGAGCUGGGCUGGGGCCGGGGCCGCUCUCGGCCCUGAGGUUGCCACGGGCCAGCAGCGCGGCCAGCAGCACAGUCUCCAUGGUGCUGAUGAAGAGCAGCAGCAGCAGGACGGUGAAGUAGUAAACUGGGUGGGAGGGGAAGGAAAGUCAGGGCCAGGCCUGGCCUUGAGCGUGCGGGGCCCGAGCAGAGGCACCCUGGCUCGGGGGACAGCCGCUGUGGCCGGGCGAGGGCUUGGGGCUUACUGAGCAGUGGGUUGCAGGAGGAGGAGCUGGGCAGGCCCUGCACAAGGGAGGAGUGGAAGACGAGGUAGCCCAGCAGCAGGGUCACCUUGUAGGCAAUGCGCUCGGUCCGGAGGGGCAGCAGCCCCCCGCACAGGUCAGCCAGCAGCAGCGCCUCCCCGGGCACCA